GGUCGAUCCGACUUCCGACUGAGGAUAUUUAAACCACCGCUUUGACACAAGAUAGUCCACCAGCCCUGCCUGCCUGCCACCAUGUGCAAAGGACUAGCAUCCCUGCCUACCUGCUGCUUGGAAAGGGCCAAAGAGCUGAAAGCAAGGCUCGGAAGCAUAUUGCAAAAACCUGACGGGAGUCUGUUCUGCUGCAAAGUAGGGAAAAACAGGGCAACCCUGGAGGAAUGUCUGAGGUGGAAAGAGUCGUUUGAGCAACUCCUCACCAGCAAAUACGGACUGUGCGCCUUCACCGCCUUCCUGUUAUCGGAAUUCAGCGAAGAGAACAUUGCCUUCUACUUUGCAUGUGAAGACUACAGAAGUACCAAGUCUCUGGCCAAGCUGCCUGCUAAAGCCCAGAAGAUCUACAAUGAAUUCAUCGGCAGCGAAGCUCCCCGAGAGAUUAACAUUGACCAUGAAACUCGUGACGCCACCAAGGCGAACAUGCUGUGCCCGUCGCUCUCCUGCUUCGACCAGGCCCAGCACAAGAUCUACAUGCUCAUGGCCAAAGACUGCUACCCACGGUUCUUGCGCUCGCCCGCCUACGGUGAUCUCGUCAGCCAGGCCAAGCCCGGCGCCGCGGCCACAAAGCAGCAUCGGUCGGGGAAGAAGGUUUGAGCUCGCUCUGCGGACCUCAUCGAGGGACGGGACCGUCAUGAGUGCAAAGACUUUGAAAAGCUGACAGGAAAAGACAAAAACUAAACUGAAGGGUGAUUGUUUGCUCAACUGGAAUGUUAAUGAGGAGGUUAUGUUGUGUCACAAAAGGGGGUUCUGUCUGUAGAUGUACUAGAGCAUGGGUGUCAAACUCUGGCCCGCGGGCCAAAUUUGGCCAUGCAUGUAAUUUAUUUUGGCCCUUGACAUUAGAGCUGGCCCGCCGGUAUUAUAACACUGCAUUCACCGCUAAUACUCAUACUUACCAACCAUCCCGAUUUUCCCGGGAGACUCACGAAUUUCAGUGCCCUUGCCGAAAAUCACCCGGGGCAACCAUUCUCCCGAAUUUCUCUCGAUUUCCACACAAACAACAUCAUUGGUGACGUGCCUUAAAGGCACUGCAUUCAACGUCCUCUACAACCUGUCGUCCCGUCCGCUUUUUCUCCACACAAACAUUGCCGAUCAUACUUGGUCAAACCGCCAUAGAGGUCACACUGAGGGUGGCCGUAUAAACAACUUUAACACUGUUACAAAUAUGCGCCACACUGUGAACCCACACCAAACAAGAAUGACAACCACAUUUAGGGAGAACAUCCGCACGGUAACCCAACAUAAACACAACAGAACAAAUACCCAGACCCCCUUGCAGCGCUAACUCUUCCGGGAUGCUACAAUAUUUGAAACUGGAUUUUGCAUGUCACUAUAAAGUUAUACAAGCCUUGCUCGUUCCUUAUUCAAUGCAAAACUUGUUUGGGUCCCUAUUAAAAAGGUUAAUUCGUUCAACCUUGGCCCGCGGCUUUGUUCAGUUUAAAAUUUUGGCCCACUCUGUUUGAGUUUGACACCCCUGUACUAGAGAGUGAAAAAGCUAAGACAGGGGUCCCUAAAAUAUGAUCUGCCGGUCGGAUUUGGCCCGCCAGCAUUCACGAUCAGAGGAAUAUGUGAAAAUGUUAAAUUAUAUAUAUAUAUAUAUAUAUAUAUAUAUAUAUAUAUAUAUAUAGUCAAGGUUUCUGUGUUUUAUCCGUUAUACAAUGCUCGAUACCCGAGUCAAGUGGAAUAUACGUUAGUUCAGGAAAAAACACAGAGGCUAUAUCAUCCCUACAAGCCUGUUUCGCAGGUUUCCCUGUUCGUCCGGGGAUUUUUAUUGUAUAUAUAUAUAUAUAUACAUAGAAUUAUAUGUAUGUGUGGGAAAAAAAUCACAAGACUACUUCAUCUCUACAGAACUGUUUCAUGAGGGGUUCCCUCAAUCAUUAUUAGAUGAGGGAACCCCUCAUGAAACAGUUCUGUAGAGAUGAAGUAGUCUUGUGAUUUUUUUUCCCACACAUACGUAUAUUACGCUCUACCACGGGAUCGAGCACUAUUCUCUGGAUCAGGGGUCGGGAACCUUUUUGGCUGAGAGAGCCAUGAAAGACAAAUAUUUGAAAAUGUAUUUCCGUGAGAGCCAUAUCAGAUUUUUUAACACUGAAUACAACUAAAUGCGUGCAUUUUUAAGUAAAACCAACAUUUUUAGAGUAUAAUAAGUCUCUUAUUCUUUUUCAUAACAUUGUUAUUCUGGAGCUAAUAGAAAUGCCCGCUCACCUGCUUCCCGAACACCAAUCAGAGGCAGUAUUUGAGCUUGUCUUUGCCAGUCAGUCGCCCUGGCGUCAAUGUGAUCUUUUCUUGCUCUGUGCUGACUUGUUUCAUGCCUUGCCAUCGUUUUGUGCUUCAUGCCAUGCCAAGUAAGUUUUGUUAGAUUUUUGUUCAUAGUCUGUUUAUGCGUUAGCUUUCUUCCUUAGCCCAAGUUGUGCCUCCGCUGUGAGCGAUUUUUGUUUGUAUCUUUUUUUUUAGUUUAAAUUAAGUCAUGUUUUUACCUAAAUGCCAUGUCCCGAGUAGUCUGUCUGCCUUCCUGGGAGAACGACCCCGCAGCAAGCUGCGACCCCCACCCCCAUCGUGACAUAAAAUACUUCUUACCAUUAAUGCGACUUCUUGAACAGGUGCGGUAGGAAACGGAUGGAUGGGUUUGAAUGCAUGAGAAUGUUUUAUAUUUUGAACGUUAUUUUUAGCACUGUGAAUUCCAGCGGAAUUAUUCAUAAUUAUCGUGUUAAGCAAUGUCAGCUAAGAUUUAUCCGAGAGCCAGAUGCAGUCAUCAAAAGAGCCACAUCUGGCUCUAGAGCCAUAGGUUCCCUACCCCUGCUCUGGAUGAUCUAAUUAAGACAUAUAUAUAUGUAUAUUAUUAUAUACAUAGAUAUGUAUAUACUGUUUAUAUUGAUUUUAAUUUGAAAAUCCCCUGACGUGCAGAGAAACCUGCGAAACAGGCUUGUCGGGAUGAUAUAGCCUCUUUGUUUUUUCCUGACCUAACAUAUAUGUAUAUAUUUGUUUGAUUUGUUUGUUUGUGUUUUUUUUAAUUGUUUACCUUUUGUACCUUUUUGAAUCUGUCCUGUUCAGCUGCUCCGGCAAAUCAUAUUGUUGAUGUAGAUGCAGAAGUCUGGGAUACUUUUCUUGUUGCCUAACUUGUAUUCAACUUUUUAAAAAAAUGUUUGGAUAUCAUUAGCGUUUGGCACAGCCGGAACGUAGCAGGAGGAAGACUAAGAAAAAAGAAGAAAUAAAUUGACAUUGAAAAUAUGUAUAUAAUUACAUAUUAUAUAUACAUAUAUAUAAAUACAUAUAUGUGUGUGUCAUAUAUAUAUAUAAACAUACACGCAAAAACAAAUAGAUAGCCAGGCCCCCCUCCCGCCCCGAGUCAGAAAGUUUGGGGACCCCUGGUCUAAGACAAUCCCACACGAUGUUUUAAACGAGAAACGCACUUUAAAUUUCCCUUGAGGCAAAUACUUGUGUUUGUAAUGUCUGUGUCAAAGUUCGACAUUUUGUGAAAAUAGGUUAUGAUUUUUAAUUUAUUUGCCUGUAUUUUAUAAUGUAGAUUUUUUUUUUUUUUACACGAAAAAAUAAUGAUGUGCAAUGUUAUGUUUAUAACUGUUGGAUUUUUAUAUGCAAUGAAAUAUAUUUAAUAAAUUGAAAAUACAUGUGCAAAAGUCA